AUGGACAAAGGAAGUAUCUCACAAGUGACAGAAUUUGUAUUGCAUAGUCUUUCAGGUCCUGGAGAGCUUCAACUUUUCUAUUUUGCAUUUUUCACACUUUUCUAUUUAUCCAUUGUGCUGUGGAACCUCCUCAUUGUGCUCACGAUCAUCUCUGAACCUGUGCCGCACACACCCAUGUAUUUCCUGCUCAGUAACCUCUCCUUCAUUGAUGUGUGUCUGUCCACUUUUGCCACCCCCAAAAUGAUUAUUGACCUCCUCAAGGAACACAAGACCAUCUCUUUUGAGGGAUGCAUAGCUCAGAUAUUCUUUCAUCAUGUCUUUGUUGGUGGAGAAAUGAUGCUCCUUGUAGCCAUGGCAUAUGAUAGAUAUGUAGCCAUAUGUCAACCCCUGCACUAUGCAGCCAUUAUGAGCUUACACAAAUGUAUAGCUCUUGUACUGGGCUCCUGCAUCAUUGGGAUUCUGCACUCAGUAAGUCAGCUGGUUUUCAUAGUAACCCUUCCAUUCUGUGGCCCCAAUAAAGUGGACAGCUUUUUCUGUGACCUUCCCCUAGUCAUCAAACUUGCCUGCACUGAUACAUAUCUCCUCCAGAUUCUGAUGCUUUUAGAAAGUGAUGUAUUGGCUAUAAGCUCCUUUUUACUCUUGCUGAUCUCCUACUCUGUCAUCCUUGUCACUGUGCAACGUCGUUCCUCAGUGGGCAUGGCCAAGGCACGGGCCACUCUAACUGCCCACGUCACUGUGGUGACCCUAUUCUUUGGACCUUCCAUUUUCAUUUUUGCCUGGCCUUUUAACAACUUCCCAGCAGAUAAGGAGCUCUCAAUAUUCUAUACUGUUUUCACCCCUCUCUUAAACCCCUUGAUCUAUGCUUUAAGAAAUAAGGAAAUAAUAACAGCAAUGAGAAAAAUAAAGAGUCAACAAGUCAGUUCUUGA